CUGUUGUAGGAGCUUCUGCGAGACAAACGCAGAGCUUUCUGUUUGGUGUACACUGUUUAUUUUUCGUUCUGUAUUAGCUCACCUUUAAUUAGAAGUUCUCCCGUUUAUCUGUUUACGAUUUUUACAUUUUCUCUCCUGAGUUGUUCCACGAGGCAGAAGACUUUGCAUUUGUAAUAAGGUUUUUCACUUUUCGACUUGCAGUCAAUUCAUAUUACUACACCAGUGGACAAUAAGUGCUGGAUUCUUAUUUUGAAGCAUCAUGUGUGUGCUUUGAAGAGGAAACACCUGCUGCACUUUUCCCUGCUGAGGACUCCAACGUGCUGCGAACACUGAGGCUUCCUGUCUGAACUUAAAUCAGAAAUCAUCAUGAAGUCUUCAUAACAUUUGUACAGCCCAGACAGGAAAGUGACUCAGACCAGCUUUUUAUUUUUGGAUUAAAGAUGAAGCUAACCGGGCAAAGGGCAAAGUACCUGGCGCUGCUUUUACUCUGUGUGGUGUGUGUGCAGGCAGACUUCGUGGAGCCUCCUCAGCUCGCCACCGCGCUGCGCUCCUUUGCAGAGAGCCAGACCAGACUCCCCUGCCACUACCAGGUGGAGGAAGGGGAGAAGGUGGUGCAGGUCACCUGGUACAAGGAUCUCCCAGACGGCAGCAAGGAUCAGAUCAUCACUGCACACUUUGUGGACGGACACACCGAGUUUGGGCGCUACUCCGGCCGGGUGAGGUUCGAGAGCGCGAGUCCCACGGUGAACUCGGCUCUGCUCAUCCCCAGCACGGAGGAGUCGGACAAGGGCAGCUACACCUGCCACAUCUCCACCUUCCCCAACGGAAACUUUGAGAGGCACAUCACGCUCACCGUCUGGAUUUUACCCAUCUCCUCCCUGGACCCGGUGCUGCUGGUGGAGGGUCAGUCUUUCCGCGUCGCCGCCUCCUGUCGAGCCGUGGGCCGCCCGCCCCCCCGCCUCACCUGGGACACCGAUCUGCCGGGACAGUUCCAGGAGCGAAGCCAGGAGGGCGGGUCCGUGUCCAGCUACUACUCCCUGCACCCGCUGCGCAGCAUGAACGGGAAGAAGCUGGACUGCCUGGUGUGGCACCCCGGCCUGGAGCAGCCGCGUCGGAUCUCCUACAGCCUGGUGGUGCAGUACCCCCCAGAUGCCGCCAUCACCUCUACUACAGGGGACUGGUAUGUGGGUAUGAAGAACGCCGAGCUGACCUGCAGCGGCGGAGGAUACCCCAAACCUCAGAACAUCACCUGGACGUGGAAAGGAGAAGCUUUGCCGGAUGGGGUGUCCGAGGUUGGAGAAAAGCUGGUUUUUGGGCGGGCCCUGCACAUGAAUGACAGUGGGGUCUACAAGUGUGUGCUCAGGAACGAGGUGGCAGCAGGAUCAGCCGAGUACACAGUAACAAUGACAGAGACAUCUAAACGGCAGGGAGAGACCACCAUCGACAACCUGCUUCUGAUCAUCAUCGGGGCUUCAGCCGGAGCGUUAGUCCUGGUGCUGGUCAUGGUCGUCCUGCUGGUCAACCGCUACCAUCGACACAAAAACAAGAAGCUUGAGAUAGAGCUCAACGAGAAAACGGAGGAAAUUCAAAGCUUCUCCAGACAAGCCUCCUUCAGGAGACUCAACUCUGUCAGCACAGACCCCAGACUGCAGUCUGAAGAUUACAGUUUGCUCCGAGUAGACAGCCGAAUAAAAAGCAGUGACAUUUCUCUGGAACGGCCCAUCUACAGAGGCAGCCAGUCCACUCUGGGGGGAAAGUGGGGGCCUUCGGAGGUGGUGGAGGUGGACGAACUCGGACGUCCUGUUGUGUGGAACAACGGCCAGGAGAGCCUGAGAGGAGCGGAGCUGGAGGAGGAGGAGCGUAUGAGGAGGGUGGAGUCGUACGUCAAGAACAGCAACAUGUCGCUGGACUCAGGUCUGCCCUCUUCCCUGGUUCCCUUGAAGGCCCAGCAGGAUGAAGGCGUUGGGCCUAUAAAGCCGGACACGGCCCUCCCCAGAGAGGGAGACUCUCCACAGGGAGUCAGAGAGGACUGGCCUCCCCCACCGGUAGCGGAGGGACACGAUGAAGAGGUAGACAACAGCUCCUACCACAUCUCGGAGGCCCUCAACAAUCACUUCUACUACAGAAACGGGGUCCUCAGGCCGAAGCCGCACUCCAACGCCAUCCUGCUGCACCCCAGAGGACAGAUCAUCUAGACCACAAGACAGGUCAUGAAAGGAGCCGGCAUUCCUGCAUCUAAAAGGACCUAUUCUUUUUCAACGGGAUGUUUGUUUUGUAUACAUUGACUGCAGGGGGUAAUUAGCCCCAGGAAAGAUCCAAACUUGAAUAUUUUGCCUCUGGCUUGUGAGUCGUUUAUCCUUUUUAUCCUAAUUUUAUGCCUUGGUAGUGAAAAGGACUGUGGGGGAAAAAAGAGAACGGGAAUGGUAUGCAGCUAACAGUUUGGCUGGCUGGGAAUCAAACUGGGAAAUCUCUGAUCAUGGAAUUUUAGCCUAAGAGUUAUGCAUCCCAACCACCCGGCUAUGUGUCGUCCAAAUGAUUAAACAAUAUUUGGGGCAUUUGAUGGCUUCAUUAGGCUGGGAGAGACCGUAGGAAACAAGGGUAAGGUUCCUUAACAGACAAAAGUACAAUGCUAUGAUGGAUGAUUGCCAGGGUGCCCCCAUAUUCAGUUGGAGAAUUAUGGACUGCAUUUUUUUACUUUGUUAAACACAAUACAUGUAAAUGAAAAAUAUAGUUUCUCCUUGAAUGUGUAAGGAAGAAGAUUCCUGUUACAAGAAUGUUUACUGUUUUAUCUGCAGGCCAAAAAUCACCCAACCUCUGCUCUGGUGACUUGUACAUUUGUAAAUCCACAACAGGAGGGGGUCCCGAUUUAUCCUGUCGGUUUAAGGUGCCUAGUUUACAUCGAAAACCUUCAGGGAGGAACAUGUGGACAAGGACACCGUUUCUGAGCUCUAAUACCUGGUCAAGAGUCAACUGUACUCAAAGCUUUGGUAUUUCAGCCUGGAUGCACCUGAUGUGUGUAUGUAAUAUAUGUAUGUAAAUAAGGAAGAGCUAUAAGGAGAUACUGUAUAAAUUUAAGUCAUUAAAGCCAACUACAAGAAUGUCAAAAAGGGUGCAGACCUGAACUCGGUGACCUGGUGGAAGAUGAACUUUUUGGAUACAAGCAGCCAAAUGGUUUCUUUAACCAGAAACAACAAAGCUAUGCUCUAUCAACGUUGUGUCGGCACGUCAGCUGUUUUUAUUUACCCUGUUUUCUAUGAAACUGAAAAAGAGACAUAUAAAUGUUAAAAGGUUUAUUUGAAAAAG